UCAACUGGAGUCCCCUUAGCUGGAUUUUCUUUAAUUCCAGAAAUAAGCUUAUUCGUUAGAGUUGAUAUGCCCCAUCCUUCGUUAAUGAAAGCACUAAAAGGAGGAACACCACUCGAUAUUUCCCAUA